GGCAGUUUAAGUCAUGUACUAAAAGUGUUACGUUAAUUAAACCAUUCAGACAGACAUAUUUAUCGUUUAAAGCGGUGCGGUACAUAGAGAAGAGAAGAACGGUUCGUGCUAUGACCGCGAAAGAGAAAUUGCCGAGGUUGGUGGAUGUCUAUCGUCCCAACAACCCGCUUAGCAGGAGACAAAUCCCUCUUGUUGUCGAUGAAAAUUUAACGCUGGUUAUGGACGUGCAGGGCUCCGGUAUUAUCAGUGACAACAAAAUAUUGCGGGGCCGCGAGCUCGAGGAGUUCGAACGCAAGUGGCGUGUGCUCUCCAUGACCGAGCUGGACAAUGCACUGCACAUCAACAAAGAUGAACUUAUGCAUGUGCUCAACCAGAAUGUACCCUGUGUUGGCUGCAGAAGAAGUGUGGAGAGGCUCUACAUAGAGCUGCAGAAGUAUGGACAUCCCACUCUAGAUCCAUUGAUAGUUACAGGUGAUGGGAUAAUUACUAUCAAGAAAGAUAAACAGGACUCCCCUGUUUUGGGCUCCAUAUUUCAUGACCAUGCUGCUCGUUUAGACAAACUGAUUGAAAACCAGCCAAAAAGAAAUAAAAAGAGUGUGCGAUGCCUGUUGCAUUCUCUCGACUCACAGCGCAGCAGACCACUAACCCCAGUUUGGAGGGAUGUUUGGGACUGCAUGAAAAUGGACUGCAAAAAGGACGUGUGCAUCAUUGAGGCAUCUAGUCUGCACACGACACUUGAAACGUACCUGCGUAAACACAGAUUCUGCGCUGAAUGCAGAACUAAAGUUUUAAAAGCUUAUACUUUGUUGGUGGAGGAGCCGGAGCCAACUAAGGAGAAGGGUUACGUGUCGUCGUUGUACGCAGAAAUAAAACGUUGCCUGCCUGACAAACACAUUCACCUGCAACCGAAGACUGAUUACAUUACGAAGCUGAUUAGCCGCGCCGAGCCCGAACUACUUGGAAGAUUUAGUCGUAGAGAACGCCACGCGAAGACGCUCGAGAUCGCGCAGGAGGAGGUGCUCACCUGUCUCGGCAUCUGCAUGUACGAGCGCCUCCACCGCGUCUACAUGCGGAUGCGCGAGGAGGAAUGCACGUGCCAAGUGUUCGCGGCCGUCGCCGUGCACACGCUCAGCCGCAGCUUCGAGACCAUGGUCGAGAGAACCAGGGGCGUCAGCCAGCUGGAACUGCUCUAUGAAGAGUUUGCCCGCGAAGAGCAACAGAAACAGCUACGUAGGGAACAGAAGAAGAUCAAGCGCAGGCGUAAAAAGGGUAAAACAAUGGACCCGGAGGAAAAGGAGAAUUGCAACGACUGCGGCGCAGGCGACUCGCCAAUCGACGAAUACGAUAAGGACGAUUUGAACGACGGCAAGGGCUGCUCGUGCGACUCCCCCAUCACCGUCAAAUCGGCCGACUCGCCAACAAAACAAGCGGACGGGGGCGGCGGCUGCUACGGCUGCGAGAAACUGCUGUCGCCUGCGAAAAGCAAACGCCUGACGGUGCAGUGCAAUAAUAACGGUAGUGAGGCGCUCGAUCCGCAACACUAUGCGGACUACGUCAAGGCCAAAACAAAGGACCGUUCGCGGUGCAGCACGUCAAACGAAAUGUGGCCGGACGAGGAUUGCAAGUGUGACGGUGACGCAGCAAAGAAGCCGCCGUCCACGUGCGUUUGCGAUCCGUUCGUGGCGAGCACGAAGGACGGCGGCGGCAGCGAUCACUCGCACGAUUGCGGCUAUUCGUCGGAGAACAACAACGGGUGCUUCGAGUCCGGAUCGUCCGUCUCCAGUUUGAGCACAUCGCCGGAGGGUUCAGAGCUCGCGUGCUCGGAUAGUUGUUGCCAGCACGAACAGGAGUAUAUUUCGUCACAUUGCAGGUUGUCGUACGGCGGCAAUGGCACACAGUUAAGUCUGCAGGAAAUGCUCGAGGAUCACAGUGAGGACGACGAUAACGACUGUUACAUAACGGCGGAGGAGGUGCGCGAAUUCAAGAACAACAGCAGACAGGUAUACGAACAGCGGCGCGAACUGCGCGAAACUCUACAAAAGAGAUUUGCGCAGUUCUGCGUUAACGGACCGCUGCAAGUGCCUAGACUGCUCGUACAGACCAAGUACGCGUCGAACUGAUUUAAUGGCGCAGAAGCGGCGUUGUUUUCGAAAGGAUACAACUCAUUUUUAUAUUUUUUAUCAGUUUUUAAAAUCUGUAUUUUUGUGUUUUACCGGCGGAAUAUGCGAAAAGCAGACAGUAUGGUAAUUUUUUUUAAUUCAAAAUAUUUUGUUUGAUUAGGAUAUUGCGCUCAGUUACAUUUGCAUUUAAUCAACACAUUUUCACACAUGCUUUUUGUUAUUAUUCCACUGGUAUAUAUAUUUUUUUGUGAGGCGAGCUUUUGAAAAUAAUUCUGCCUAGUCAUAUCUUAACACUCAUUUGAUUUUUAGAAAAUAAAUGGUCUGGAGUAUUUUCAAAAUUCGUCGUUUUCUAAAUUUUGUCUGCCUUCAAAUUACAUAAUUAUUUCAGAUACAUAUUUGUUUAAUUUACAACUGUUUUACUUCUUUAAAAUUGAGCUCCUGUUUAAAAGAUAAAAAUGAGCCGGUAUUUAAUACAAUAUUUAUAAUGUAUUUGUUGCAUUCCAUAUGGGUUAUUAUUGUUAAAAAAGAUAGAGUUGUUUUGUAUGGGAGCAAUGUCUAUAUUUCAUUGCUUCUUGUUCUAUGUAAGUCAUAAAUAAAACAAAUAAAGUACCUAAGUUCAUAUUAAAAA